AUGAAAUGCCGAUCGAGAUCGGCCUUCUUGGCUCCCAUCUCCUAUAACGACAAUACGUUGCGCAUUCUCCCGCUGAACCUGCUGCAUCGACCGGAAUCUUGCCGCCGAGCGUUGUACUGGAUGGUCGCUGACGGGGGCGGCCGUCUCCCGAGCACCUUCUCCCACGCGCUCAAAAGACGCUCCCUGACUCCGCUGGCCGAGGAAUUCAGCACCAACCAGGUGGCGGCGGAGAGGCGCGACGCGGCGGCGGUCGAGGCGGGCGGCGCGGGGGCAGGCAGCGCUUCGGGCGGCAGCAGCGGGCCUGCAGAGGCGGCGCGGCGCGAGAAGGAGGCCGCCAACAGGAGGGCGGAGGAGGAGAAGGCGAGGCGGCGCGCAAAGGCGGCGGAGGCAACUGCGGCCAAGAAGGAGGCCAAGGGGAAGAACAAGGAGGCGAAGAAGGCGCCGUCUGCCUUCAAGCUCGAGGAGGAGCGGAGGGCGCGGGCUGCGGCAGAGGUUCGCGCACAGGAGGAGAGGGCGGCGCAGCUGGCUGCUGAGCAGGAGGCGGCAAGGCGGGCGGAGCGCGAGGCGGCAGAGCUAGCGGGUGCGGCGGAGCAGGCGGCGCUGCGCGAGGCUGCGGAGCUAGCAGAGGCGUUGCGCCGGUCAGAGAUCGAUGCGGAGGAGGAGGCGCUGGCGCGCCGGGUGUCGCGGUGCGAGGAGGCGGUGAGCAGCGAGUCGACCGGCGGCGGGUGCCUGAUGCGGCUUGUCGAGCGGCUGGAGGCGAGCCUCGGCGCGGCGACCGAGGGCAGCCUCGAGGAGCGGGUCGGCGCGAUCGAGCGCUUGAUCGGGCCAGAGGCAGCAGAGGCGGCGGAGCAGCAUCUGCCAGUCACUGAGCCGCUUGCUGCCGUCUCACUAGCGGACGCAGGCCUCGACACGGGGCGGCCGGCUGCCCCCGAGUCCACGAUGGGGGGCGAGAUUACGUGUAUCGUGUGUUUUGCGAGAGUCAAGUCGCAUGCUGCGGUCCCGUGCGGGCACCUGUGCGCUUGCGGGCCAUGCUCUGAGCUGAUGCAAGAGUGCCCGCGUAUUGCCGCAAGCCAGUGA